UUACAGGGCGCGUCGUCAGUUACUGUUUGACAUUCGAUAUAAAAACAUACGGCAAUUGGAGGAAGCAAGUACUCUCGCAAUAACCAAAGCUCGAUAUGUCUUCUAAACUGCCGCAAGUGAAUUUCAUUACCAAUAAAGUGGUCAAACUGCUUUUCGUGCUCUUGGCAAGUGCGUUUAUUCUAUGUGAUGCGUUGCUUAUGGCAGACGGUGUGCCGAAUAGACGCGUAAAACGUAUUGUGGGUGGUCGUCAAUCGAAGGCGCCCCCGCCAGACGAUCCGGUCGUCUUUACGCGCACCUUUAAUCGCGAUGCGCGCGUCGAAGGUUUUCGCAAUGCACGCACGGGCGUCUACUCCUUCCUCGGCAUGUACUACGCCGAACCGCCAAUUGGACUACUGCGUUAUGCGCGUCCCGUCUACAAACGUAUGGGCGGUGAUAUUAACGCCACACAACAUGGAUCGCCGUGCGUACAGCCCGAUCCAUAUGAUCCACGACGCGUAGUGGGUAAUGAGAAUUGUUUACUGCUGAACGUGUAUACGCCACAUAUGCCGGAUGAAACCACCGGCCUGCCAGUCUACGUCUGGAUACAUCCCGGUGGUUUUCGUUAUGGUUCCGCGGCGCAAUACGACGCAACACCUAUGGCACAACAAGGUAUAAUAGUCGUGACGCCGCAAUAUCGCCUGGGUUCGUUGGGUAUUAUGGGCGAUGGCACUAAAGAGUUCGAUGGCAACUUGGCGAUCUUCGAUAUGGCUGCGGCUUUGCGCUGGGUCAACGAUUAUAUACAUCAUUUUGGCGGCGAUCCAAAAAGAGUCAAGGCUAUUGGGCACGGUUCGGGCGCAGCGAGUGCCAUGUACUUGUCGAUGUCACGUUCGGCACGUAGCGCGAGCGAUAUAUCGGGUGUGGUGGCGAUGUCGGGUACAGCAUUGUCGCAAUAUGCGACCGACAAGGAACCCGUACAGAGUGUGGAGGAGGUGGCGAGCAUUAAUGGUUGUCCCACAACAAAUGAGUUGGCGAUUGUGCAAUGCAUGCGAGAGAAAACUGCCGAGGAAAUCAUCGAAAAUGACUCGAAAGUCCAAACGGAACGUCUCGCCGGUCGCGCUAUUGUUAAAGGUCUCACAGGCAGUGCCGGCUUCACACCACACAUCGAGGGCGAAAACGACGGACGCGCAUUACCAAGCAUAAUUGUGGGUGCACCGGAAGAACAACUACGCAGCGGUAAAUUCGAACCCAUACCGUUGUUGACGGGUGUCACAAAACACGAGACCGCAAAUGCGGUUAGCAUCGGCACUCUCAAUCGCAUCUUUGGUUCGGCACAAGAAUUUCUCAAUUCACUCACCGAUGUUCUCAAGGAGCUAACAGGCUUUCUGCGUAUCGAUAAAAUAACGGGAGAAAUUUUAAAACCCGUUUUACCCGGUCUAACGGCCGCUUUGACACCCACGCUCAACGAUUUGUUGAAGGUGCCGGCGACAUUAAAUUUGGAUCAAGUGUUGUCGAAGGUCGUUGAAACCACUACCGAUAUACUCUUCAAUUUGCCCGCCGUACUAACCACACAAGUGUGGUCCCAAAUUGCGCCUUCAUUUAUGUAUAGCUUCGAAUAUAACGGUACGCGUUCGAAAGGUAUACAUUUCUUACGUGGUCUACCGAUAGUUUCAGAGCAAGCUAGCAGCAAUAACCCCGAAAUUGUGGCGCAUGGCGACGAACUCGGUUAUAUGUUCGAUGCAAAUGAUCUGUUCGGCAAUCCCAUAGCCGAAGCAAAGCUGGUCGACGAAGAGGACUUGAAAGUGCGUAAAAACUUUAUUGGCAUGCUAGUGAAGUUCGCUGUUUCAUUUGAUAAGGAGAAAAAGAAAGAAUCUGCCAGCAACUCGCUCUUUCGUAGCGUAACCGGCAAAGGUGUGCCCUUUAUAAAAGUGGAUACGGCAUUAAGCGCCGAUAGUGAUUUCCGUUUUUGUGAGCUCUCCGUAUUGGGCGCCUCACUCACACCGCUGACUUCUACAACAUGUCAAAGCUUGGGCGGUUUGUUAGCACCGUUAACGGAUGUAGUCGGUGGAGCGCUGGGCGGUGUUGGCGGCGUGCUCGGUGGUGGAGACAAUGCUGGAACAGUGGAUAAUCUAGGCAAUACUUUAGGUGGUGUACUAGGUGGUGGUGGUGGUUCGAGGCCUGGUGGUGGUCGUAGACCAGGCGGACAAUCGAGUGGCAGUGGUGGACUACUUGGUGGUGGUGGUGGUCUGCUGGGUUAAAGUACUUGAGUUUAAGAAGAAAAUAUAUUUGUAAACCAAUAAAUAUUUGACAUUUAAUAAAGCAACAGAUAAAGCUGCGGUGAGAACUUGCUUUUAAUA